AGUCCAAAUGGCGGGAAAAUUUCGCGCGUUUUCUUUCUGUGGUCGCAGACGCGUCGGAAGUAGUCAGACUAAGUUUAGUUGUACUUUUGAUUUUCCUUUAUUUCCCCCUACUGAUGUUUUUACCUUUAAAUCUUUCGAUCCUCCUUCCUUAUCUGUCUCUAUUUUCUUGACAUUAAACCAGUAUAACCAUCCAAGCUACUGUUCCUGUAAGAUUUUUGUACAAAAAACCUAAAAAUUUGCUGCUCUAGCUUGACUACAGUGAGUCGAAAACAGCUUACUACUGAUGAGGGAAAAUGUUCUCACAGAAUUUAGUCUCUGGUCGUGAUCUCUUUAGCUCAAAUCCCUGUCGUGAUUUUUGGGACAGUCAGCAGUUUAGCCAAGCAGCAAGUGGAUCACAAAGCUCACAACAAAGUUCCGUCGAGUUGUUUUCUCAGUCUAAAUCUUCACAAUCACAGCAACAGAGAAUCAGUACUAGCUGUGAUUGGUGGUCCAAUACAGGGAAUUCACAACAAAUAAACGAGGACGAACCAGUAAAAUACUACAUGAAGUAUCUUUCCAAACCUCCAAUAUUUUCUGACGAGUCCAAGAAGGACCAGGAAAAAUCAAAGUCUGAAAACCUAAAAAAAUUUAUUGAGACACAGAAAACCAAGACAUUGGAGCUUGAUCAAAGGUAUUAA